AUGUACCUGUACCUAGGCAGGGUCGGCGACCGUGGCCCCCCCGGUCCCCCUUCCCUCAAAACAGCCCCGGAAAAGAGGAAAAAUGGAGUGGCGUGUUUCAAGUUUAGCGGGAAAAACGGGAAGAAAUGGAGGGAUUUCCCAGGUGGGUGGGAUGUCUGGAGAGGGUUUUGA